UCUACUAGAUUUUAUGGCAUAGACCCAUAUCAGCCUUACCCAAACAGGUAUCCGAAUAUUCGUAUCUUAUUCCCUAAUCCUUCUUUUCCCUUCGUCUCUGAUCCAUGGCCACCAAUGUCUCCGCCGAAUUUCAGAAGCCGGACCUUCUACCGGUGACGCAGCCGCCGGAUUAUCACCGAAAUCAGGAAGUAUCCACUACUCAUGACGGGCUCCGCUUCUGGGAGUUCAUGGUCGCCGGAUCCAUCGCCGGCAUGGUGGAGCACAUGGCAAUGUUCCCCGUCGACACUGUCAAGACCCAAAUGCAAGCCGUAGGGUUUUGCCCAAUCAAGUCCGUUGGCAUUCGUCACGCCGUUCAGUCUAUACUUAAAUCCGAAGGCGUUGCCGGGUUUUAUCGCGGUAUUGGAGCGAUGGCCCUCGGGGCCGGCCCGGCUCACGCGGUGUACUUCUCCGUUUAUGAGCUCUGUAAGGAGGCGUUUUCCGGAGGAAAUCCGAGUAACUCCGCCGCCCAUUCCGCGUCGGGCGUCUGCGCCACGGUGGCCAGCGACGCCGUCUUCACGCCCAUGGAUAUGGUGAAGCAGAGACUGCAGCUCAGCAGCAGUCCGUACAAGGGGGUAUUUGAUUGCGUAAGGAGGGUAUUGAGGGAGGAGGGGUUUAAGACGUUUUAUGCCUCCUAUAAAACCACUGUGCUCAUGAAUGCGCCUUACACGGCGGUGCAUUUUGCCACUUACGAGGGCGCAAAGCGGGGACUGAUGGAGAUUUCGCCGGAAAAUGCAAGGGAUGAGCGGUUGAUAGUUCAUGCCACUGCAGGGGCAGCUGCCGGAGGUUUUGCAGCAUUGUUUACCACUCCAUUUGAUGUAGUGAAGACUCAACUCCAAUGUCAGGGUGUGUGUGGCUGUGAGAGAUUUAAAAACGGUUCUAUCAAGGAUGUCCUUCAAACAAUAGUUAAAAAAGAUGGAUAUCGCGGUCUGAUGAGGGGUUGGAUGCCGAGGAUGCUCUUCCAUGCUCCUGCUGCUGCUAUUUGCUGGUCUACAUACGAAGCUGCUAAAUCAUUUUUUUCCGAGUUGAACACUGGCAGCAGGAGGUUGUAGCGUUACCUCAGAACCCCCACGGAACAGUGUCAGUUUCUCUCUCUCUCUCGUAUGCUUUUUUAUACUCCAUACGCUUCAGUUACCUUCACACACAAGUCGAUGAGGAAACAAGACGAGCCAUACAUGAAUCGGCUUUUGAUUCAUCUUGUCUAAACCGGUAGCAGUGUUUUCAUUUGUUUAUGUACAAUGGUUCAAGUAGGUAAAAUGCAAAUAUAGAAUUACAAAAUGAGAGACUAGCAUUAGCUAGGGAUUCAGUCUCUUUGCCUUA